GCCCAGCAGUUCCUCCUUCCCUCCUCCCCCUCUUCCUCGGUGAGGUGCUCCUCCAUCAGCCAGCCAGCAUGGCGGCCGUGGAGACGCGUGUGUGCGAGACGGACGGUUGCAGCAGUGAGGCCAAGCUCCAGUGUCCCACCUGCAUCAAGCUGGGCAUACAGGGCUCGUACUUCUGCUCGCAGGAAUGUUUUAAAGGAAGCUGGGCUACUCACAAGUUACUACAUAAGAAAGCAAAAGAUGAAAAGGCCAAGCGAGAAUCUGUGUCUUCCUGGACUGUGGAAGGUGAUAUCAACACUGACCCAUGGGCAGGUUAUCGAUAUACUGGUAAACUCAGACCACAUUAUCCACUGAUGCCAACAAGGCCAGUGCCAAGUUAUAUUCAAAGACCAGAUUAUGCUGAUCACCCUUUAGGAAUGUCUGAAUCUGAGCAGGCUCUUAAAGGUACUUCUCAAAUUAAGUUACUUUCAUCUGAAGAUAUAGAAGGGAUGCGACUCGUAUGUAGGCUUGCCAGAGAAGUACUGGACAUUGCUGCUGAUAUGAUUAAACCAGGUGUAACUACUGAAGAAAUAGAUCAUGCUGUACACUUAGCAUGCAUUGCAAGAAAUUGCUAUCCUUCUCCCCUGAAUUAUUAUAAUUUCCCAAAGUCUUGUUGUACUUCAGUGAAUGAAGUGAUCUGCCAUGGAAUUCCAGACAGACGGCCCUUGCAAGAAGGUGAUAUUGUUAAUGUCGACAUCACUCUUUAUCGCAAUGGUUAUCACGGGGACCUGAAUGAGACGUUUUUUGUUGGAGACGUGGAUGAGGGAGCUCGGAAACUGGUCCAGACCACAUAUGAGUGCCUGAUGCAAGCCAUGGAUGCAGUGAAACCUGGUGUUCGUUACAGAGAAUUGGGAAACAUUAUUCAGAAGCAUGCCCAAGCAAAUGGAUUUUCCGUUGUUCGAAGCUAUUGUGGGCAUGGAAUCCACAAGCUUUUUCAUACGGCCCCCAACGUACCCCACUAUGCCAAAAAUAAAGCAGUUGGAGUGAUGAAGGCCGGCCAUGUGUUUACAAUUGAGCCAAUGAUUUGUGAAGGCGGAUGGCAGGAUGAAACCUGGCCGGACGGCUGGACAGCAGUGACGAGAGACGGGAAACGGUCUGCCCAGUUCGAGCACACCCUGCUGGUCACGGACACUGGCUGCGAAACCCUAACCCGGCGACUCGAUAGCGCGCGGCCUCACUUCAUGUCCCAAUUUUAAUUUGUCCCGAGAUGGCGCAUCUCAGUGAUCCCUUCUGGCUGUACUCUGCAUUUUAUCGAGAGUACAGGAUGGAAG